AUGCAUGAGCUCCAACGCGACAACACCGCGACCUUCUCUUUCCUCGAAGGUGACGUCGAUUCAGAUCCCGGGCCUGGAAUCGCCGGUUACUAUGACGGUCCGUACUACAGCUACUACCGUUUCCCACGCACCUUUUCCCACGAGGACAGCGAUGAGUCCGACAUCCUGGAGGCGUACGAGCAACUGAGUGAAACAGUUGCCCUGGAAGGUCCGUUUGAUGGGGUUCUAGGCUUCUCCCAUGGCGGCACAUUGGCGGCUGGGUUCAUGAUCCACCACGCCAAGAUGAAUCCAAAUGAGCCGGCGCUAUUUCGAUGCGCAAUCUUCAUCAAUUCCCUCCCACCGUUCCGUAUGGAACCUGGGAAGCGUCCUGUCGUAGACGAGGGAUUGGAGGGGUUUAUCUCUAUCCCCUGCGUGCAUAUCGCCGGAGCUAAAGACCCACUCUUUGAAUACUCAAUGGCCCUGUAUCGACUCUGUGCUGGAAGGGAUUCGACAUUUGCCGUACAUGGGAAGGGCCAUGAUGUCCCCAGUGAUCGGAAGAAUGUCGCCAUAAUCGCCACUGCAAUUCGAAAACUGUCCAGUCAAAUUUUGUGA